GUCCAAUCGCAGCAGACGCAUUCGCAACGCUGCCGUCGCAUUAUGGUGUUGCAUUAAUAUGUACCCAGAAUGCAUUGCUGGGAAUGGAACGUGAUGUUAUUAAACGGUUGAGCUACCGGUGACAGUGUGUGAGGUGUAGGGAGACGCAUGUUACAGCGGCACCUGCAAAACCUGGGCAGAAGCUGGGUUGCCCACGCAGAGCACCAAGAGUCUUUGUACAUGAAUAAACACAUCUUCAGGUACCCAUGGUUCUCAGGACCUUACAACUGGGCUGCAUACCCUCCUCAGUUAAACUGGAUAUCGCACACUUUAUUUGGACCUAGUAAUACUCCUUUCCAGAGGCCCCCCAGCCUUCCUGGGCAAGCAACUCAGGCUGCUUGGUUUCACUUUUCUAAUUUUAAUAUGGCUUCUAAUGGAGAUGAACCAGCUCCCAAGCGUGUGAAAUCUUCUUCUACAGAAGACCGAUCAGGAAGAAAGCCAUCUCCUAACAGUUCAUACAGUCAAACUAAGGAUUUCACAGUACCCACACUUUAUGACAGUCAGGUUUCCUUUCCUCCAACCUAUCCAGUAACCAGCACAUAUUUUGAUGGUGGUGUAAAUAGACGGUGGGAGGAUUUCAGUCAAUUUUAUGCAGAGAGAUGUGAAGGGGAAAAGAGACACUUACGGACAACCGAACACUUUGACUUUACGGUCAUGUCCUAUAACAUUCUCUCACAAGACCUUCUGGAAGACAACUUUUAUCUGUAUAGCCACUGCAGGAGGCCACUGUUGUUCUGGAGCUAUAGAUUGCCAAAUAUUCUUAAAGAGCUGAAGGAGAUGGGUGCUGAUAUACUUUGUUUACAAGAAGUGCAAGAAGAUCACUAUAGAACACAGAUCAAGCCCAGUUUGGAAGCUCUCGGUUAUCACUGUGAAUACAAGACACGUACAGGCACAAAACCAGAUGGCUGUGCGAUUUGCUUCAGAUCUUCAAUGUUUGACUUGGUGAUGGUGAAACCUGUGGAGUAUUACAGACCUGAUAUAGCACUUCUGGACAGGGAUAACAUUGCACUGGUGCUGCUGCUCCGACCUAAAGGCCAACAGGACCUGUCAUAUAUAUGUGUAGCAAACACUCACCUGUUGUUCAACCCAAAACGAGGGGACAUUAAACUAACCCAGCUAGCCAUUCUGCUGGCAGAAAUUGGUGGCGUUGCUCUCCUGAAGGACAAACAAUUCUGUCCCAUUGUCCUUUGUGGGGACUUUAAUUCUGUACCUGGAUCACCUUUAUACCGCUUUAUAAAGGAAGGAAUGCUGAACUACAAGGGCAUGACUAUUGGGAAGGUGUCUGGACAAGAAAAAUACCCUAGAGGGCAAAGAACUUUGACUAGGCCUAUCUGGCCAAAGAGAUUGGGCAUCUCCCAGAGCUGCACGUUUGAACCAACAGAAGGUUCAGAAAAGACUGGACCGAAUCAAGUUUGCAGCAUCACUUCAGUCUGUCCUCUGUCUAUUCACAUUUCUUUCCUGAAACAGGAGUGCCAGAGAUCACAACUUCUCACUCACGAACCGCCUUAACUGUGGAUUAUAUUUUCUAUUCAGCCGCUCGCAAUGACAUUUUUGCCCAAUCAGGUGCUGAUGUCUCAUGCGGUGGUCUACAUCUACUUGGGAGAUUGUCCUUACUUACUGAACAAGACCUUUGGAGUAUUAAUGGUCUUCCUAAUGAGAACAAUUCUUCCGACCACCUUUCAUUACUAGCCAAAUUUAGACUGGUCAAAUGAAUGCCGUACUGGCUUUUAAUUUCUUCCAUUUUUGUUUUUAGUUGUUGCAUAUAGUCAAAUACAACAUAUGCUCUAUUUGAUUUGUUUUGUGUAUGUAUAUUUUACAUUGAUUUCUAAACUGGAUUUGAUGUCUGGAUAUUUUUAGUAAUGUUUUCUUAAAAUAAAUCUUGUAUAUAUUUUUUUAAACUAAUGAAAUGUAAAUAUGUUACUGCCCUUUGGUUUAAUUGUCUCCUUGACACUUAUGAUCAAAUUAUCAUGAACUGAACAUUACAGUGAUAUGGUGGAUCUUUAAAAACAGAAGUCUAAUGCAUAAAUAUUUAUAAAUAUUUAUAAACCAUUUAUACAUAUGUUUUCAAUAAAUCGUAAAAAAUGGAAACAA